AUGUUAUCGAUGGUUGAUGAAUUUUGGAAUGCAUUAUCAAACUAUUGUACAACAUCUAUUGAUGACUCAAGUGCUGAUAGUACCAUUCUAUUUGAUGAACAACGUCUUAAACCUAUUGAAGAACGUUGGAGACAAAGAGUGUCGAAGAGAGGUCAUGGUCAUUAUACUAAAUGUCCUGAUGAACCGGUUUUCAAUGAUCUUUUAUCCUCUUUGUUAGUGUCUCAAGUAAAUAUAAAUGAAAAUAUUAAAUUACCUGUUAUCAGUCCAAAUUGGUUAAAUGUUGCAAUCGGGUUGUUGUUAUUGUUAGGAAACCACACUAUUCGUUAUCAACGAUUAACAUUUUCGUCAACAAAUGAUUCUUCUAUAUUAUCUACUAUUUCAACUUUUUUUGAUGACUGGCACACUUCAUCAAAAAAUCAUAUAAUAUCAACAUAA